AUGCCUUCGUUUCUGUUGGACUCUAUUAGUCUGAUUAAAGAGAUCAAAUCGUUUCCCACAAUCAAGCAACCCAUCAUACUGGCAACAUUGGAUGUUGUUAGUCUAUAUACCUCCAUCCCACACGAUCAGGGGAUGGUGGCAGUUCGCAAACAAUUGAAUCGAUACCCAUACGUGGGACCACCAGAGCUGUUUGUCAAAUACUUGGCAUCAUAUUCGUUCAACCACGGUAGUGGCAAAGAUUCUAACACCUUAACCUACGAUGACUUGUCUGAUACAGCAGAAGAGUCUGAAACCUUCCAGUUCCUUUCAGAUAUUUUGCCUAAAAAAAUAUUGGCUAGUGAGUACCUUAAAAUGUUAAAGAAAGAGGAAGAAGGUGGUGGCGAUGAUAUUGAUGAGGAGGAGGAGGAGGAAGAAGAGGAGGAGGAGGAAGAGGAGGAGGAGGAGGAGGAGGAAGAAGAGGACAGUGACGAUGAAAAUGAUGACGACUACGAGGUGGAAGAGAUAAUUGAUGACGAUGAUUAAUCUACAAUUUUUUGUGUAUUUUUCUUUAGGACUCUUUAUAUUUUUCUCAGUAACCAAAUCCUUUUUGUAUUUUUUUAUACUGUUAUCUUGCGGAUGAUAAAUAAAACUAUUUUACAGUA